UCGCAAUCAGCUUAUUCUUCCCUAGUUUAGUAUGGCUCGUCAGCCAGCCAAGUCGGCGAUUCCCCUCGUGCUGGCGACACUCUCGGCACUUCUCAGGCUCGUCACAUCGUCAGACUACUACUCCGUGUCUGUGGACAGUGACAUCAACACAGUACAUAGUGGUUAUCCUAAAUUCGGUGAUCGCAUCUCGCCGCGACAUCGGUACAGUGCUGAAGAACGGACAGGUAUCACGAGUGUGUCCAGUGGCAGUAGUGCAAAAGACAGCCAGCGCAACAUUACGCAUCUCCAUCGGCUGACGGAGAACGACGUGGAGCGCAAGAGUGACGAAUUCACCAAUGAGAUCGAUCCCAUCUUCAGUGAUAAUCAAUUUGAGAGCAAUGUGUCGUCCGCCCAGGCGCAUCGGCUGGAGAUGUCCACGGAGUUCUUCGUCGUGCCGCCAACAGUGGCGUCCACGAGCCGUUAUCCGCCCGUGCGAUCAUCGCCAUCCUUCGGCGGCAUGAUCCUCACGGCCAAAACGUCGUCAGAGCCAUCCGCCGGCAUCACGCCGCCCACGAUCAUUCCCACCCACAGCAUGGGUCUGCGCAAGGAGCCCUGGGUCGUGCCUGUGCUGAUCCUCUCCUCCCUGGCGAUGAUCAUGAUGGUGGCCUUCGAGAUCUUCGUGCUGUGCAAAGUGUGGCGCACGUCUCCGAGUCGCCGUCACCUCUUCCUCGGCCAGAUGCUUCUGCUGGGCCUCUUCGCCUGCGCCGGCCUCGCGGCGAUCAUCACCUCCACACCUACUGUUGUGUCCUGCGCCAUCGUGCGCUUCGGCUCGGGCGUGGCGUUCGCCCUGGUCUUCGCCUCGCUCCUGGUCAAGUGUGUCUUCCUCAUCAGUCUCAACGGCGGCGUGUACCUGCCGGCACCCUACCAGGGACUCCUGCUCCUCUUCGCCGUGCUCAUCCAGGUGGCCGUGAGCGCGCAGUGGCUCCUCACGUCCCCACCGGAAGUCACUGCGUCCGCCAUCAAUCGCUACGCCAACACGCCAGUGCAACAAUCCGUGCACCUCUGCCGCACGCCCUUCUCCGAGCACCUGCUCUCCCUCAUCUAUGUCGUCUUCCUCAUCCUGUUCGUGGCCGUGCUGGCCAUCAAGUCGCGCGGCAUCCGCGACAACUACCGCGAGGCAACAUACAUCGGCCUAGCGAUCGGCGGCAGCAUUCCCAUUUGGCUGGGCUGGACACUGUGCGGACUCGCCGUGGCCGAACGCCAUCGCGACGCGUGUCUGGCGUUCGGACUCAUCGCCACGUCCGCCACGGUCUUCCUCGUCAUGUUCAUGCCAAAGGGACGCCAGCUGGCCGCCAUGGGCAAGGAGGGACUGUACAUGGAGGACCGCGAGGAGCGAUGCAGCUCGCUCAGUCGCACAGCGUCAGGAUAUUCGCCGUCUUUCUUUCACUUCAAGCCCAUCAAGUACGGCGUGAUGGGAAACAAUUCAGGGAACAACACUGCGACGCCCGAUGGCGGAAGGUCUGCCGGGGGCAGUAAUCAGAAUUCCAAGCACCAAGUCAUCGCAACAUUAGGAGGAGACGCCGAUAUGAAUUAUCGCAUGUAUGAUUACUUUCGAGCACACUUGACUUAUCCCUUUUGUUACUAUCUUCCCAUCGCAACACAAAUUCCACCACAAAUUCUUCCACUUCACCAAUAUAAUCACAGUUGGUAUCCAGGUGCAGGACUCUUUAUGCGUCCCGAUGAUGCUAAUGUCUACACAACAUUGGAACAGACUCUCAGUAGCAAUCCGAAUGUGUAUUUUCAAAGAAGCGGAGGAGUUCAUCCUGGAAUGAUGUACUGAGAAGAUGAAAAGAAAAACUUCUACUCUCUCAAGCGCGAUUCCAAGCAAUUUUCGACGAAAGAAAACACACACACACACAUACACACACACACUUGAUAUAAUAAUUGUAUCAUGACUGAGAAGCUAUUCAUUUUGUUGCCUUACAAACGAACGAAUAGACAACCGUAAUUAGUAUUUUUCUCUCUUUUGUAAGCUCCAAGUGAAGCAUACACUAAAAAAAAAAUGUGUUAUUACUCUAAGAAAGUUACACUUUUUUAUAUGUCUCCCAAUGUAUAAAUAAAUAUAAUUACAGAAAAGAUUCAAAUCUAUGUAUUUUCAUUGAGUGUGAAGCACAAAUGGUUGUGAGUUAUGUGUGGUGUACAUAGCGAGGGUAUGUAUGGUGAUUAUA